GCCUUUAGACGCUCCGUUUCGGGUCACGUGCUUCAUAUCGCUCCGCCCCAAGGAGAACGGACCGCCCAAAAGCUUCAGUCUAUGGAGAUCGACUGGCGUUCGGGACCAACGCUGCACCGCGUGGCGACGCUUCCCUUACCUUGGAUUGAGGUUUAUGAUGUCUUCUUUCACCUCAAUUAAUCCAAUAAUAUACUGAACCCUAUACAGCAAUUAUCACUGCAGGAGAGAAAGAAAUAGAAGAUAUGCUACCUACAAAAAAGGGAAUUUACAAUGUAGUUUGGAAAAUAGAGAACACAGGAAAGAAUACAGAACUAACUGAAGACACUUCUACAAAGCAACAUACUAAUAAAUACAUGAAUCUUCAAAACUCAACACAAGAGACUGAGACAAUAGAAGAAAAUUCUCCUGUCUAUGUUGGCAGAGAAGAAGACAUUAAAAAAUCUCAAAGAAUGACAGCUGUAGUCCAUGACAAAGAAGUUGUAAUUUUUUAUCACAAAGGAGAAUAUCAUGCUAUGGAUAUUCGCUGUUACCAUUCAGGAGGACCUUUACACUUGGGAGAAAUAGAGGAUAUUGAUGGAAAAGCAUGUAUUGUUUGUCCCUGGCACAAAUACAAAAUUACUUUAUCAACAGGAGAAGGACUAUAUCAAUCUAUAAACCCUAAAGAUCCAUCAGCAGUACCCAAAUGGUGUUCCAAAGGAAUAAAGCAAAGGAUCCAUACUGUGACUGUAAAAAAUGGGCAUAUUUAUGUGACUCUUUCUAAGCCUUCAGAUUUUAAGUGUGAUUCUGAUUUCUAUGCCACUGGACAGUUUAAAGUAAUUCAAAGACCUUCUACACUGAAGAAAUUUCCAGAUUUUAAAACUACAUGACAACAAUGAAACAAAAUAUUUUCAUAAGUGUGUAAAGAAAGUAUUUUCAAAGAAUUUUAUACAAAAGGUAAUAAAUAGAAUUAACCUGG